AUGUUGGAAGUACCAGCAUACCCAUUACCCGGGGCACCGAUAGUGGGGAAAUCUUUCAUAUCAUACUCAAUCGAAUUCGCUGACUUGGAUGACUUUACCGGGAAUCGUUCCACUCCGAAUCAGCUGUCAGUCAAUUUGAUCAACAACUUGAAGGACGUCGGCGGAUCCUACCCAAACAUUCGUGUUGGUGGUACAACUGCCAAUUAUGCAGUAUUCGUGAGCGAUCAAGAGGAACCCAUUAUUCUCCACUACGCGACUCCCGGAGCAGAUCAGCCUUACAGUGUAACAUGGGGCCCAACAUGGCUGGAUUACUUUGAUGUGCUCCCGGAGGGCAUUGAGUAUACACUUGGUCUCAGCUUCAAUUCUAGCACUUUAGGACAAACUGAGACGAUCCAGGAGGCGGCGGAAGCAUAUUCGGUGUUGAACCGCAGCCUUUAUGCUUUUGAAGUUGGGAAUGAGUUUGACGCAUACCCAGUGGAUCGAGAGACUCAAACAUGGAAGUUGCAGACGUACGUGGAUCAGUGGCUCGAGCGCACCGAUGCAGUAGCGGCGGAAGUCAUCGCUGACCAGGACGUCGAGGCAAUCUUCCAAGCUGGUGUUUUCGUUGCACCCAACACGGUCAGCAAUGAUAGCAGUUGGAACCCGAAGGCUGCCUUCGAAGACGGCAUUGCCACUACAGGGAAAGUAAAAUCCUUCAGUAUACAUCAGUAUUUCGGUGCUGCAUGUAGACCAGUAAAACCAACUCUGGCCGAUUCCCUGCUCAAUCAUACGUAUUUAACAUCGUACAUGUCUUAUCACGAAGAGAUGUCAACCUUCAUCACAUCGCAUGGAGUACGCUAUGUGAUUGGAGAGACCAACUCGAUAGCUUGUCAGGGUCUGGCAGGGGUGUCUGACGUGUUUGGCGCUGCUCUAUGGUCCAUUGACUACGCCCUAUAUGCAGCCUCGCUCAACGUAUCCUCUAUGUACUUUCACAUGGGGCUCGGGUAUCGAUAUGCAGCGUGGCAACCAGUAGUCAACGGAACCAAUCAGGCCGGACCUCGUCCUCUGUACUACGGCAACCUCAUUGCCGCAUCAACACUCGCGGGCGGCGACAAGCAAGUUCGUGUUCUCGCGAACGAGACAUCCUUCACCGCUUAUGGGAUCUAUAAGAAGACUGAGACCACAGUUUUACUGGAUAAGAUCGUCCUGCUGAAUCUGGUCCUGUACAACUCGACAGUAGGAGGUGAGCGGACCAGCCUAAGUGUGCAAUUGCCGGAGAGCGUGCUCAAUGGUAAGAGUUCUGCCGUUGUUCGACGGUUUACAGCUCCUGGCGCCGAAUCGACUCAAGAAGACAUUGAAUGGGCCGGUAGGAAGGUCUCAGACGAUGGGGUGAUUGUAGGGCAAGAAGUUGUUGAGCUGCUCAAAGGCGAUACAAUUCGAAUACCAGCGAGUGAAGCGGUCGUUAUCUCCUUUCGAAAGAUAUGUCGGUAG